AUGGAAGACGAGCACGAGACCACAUUGCAGCCUAUCCGCACUGGUCGCUCAGCACGCCAAUUUUUAUCACGGACACGAUCAAACAAGUCGACCAAGUCCAACAAUUCAUCCAGGUCGCGCCCACGAUCAACCUCAAGGCCGAGUCGCCCAAGCAGUCCUCUGGAACGACUCACAUCGGCAAACUUCAUCGAUGACCACGGAGUCUAUCACCACCAUGCUGAGUCAGAUUACGAACAAGAAGAGGUAGAAGAGGAGGAGUCACAUCAUGAUGGCAGCAAUGGCCUGUCACCACAGUCGAGUUCCGACUUGGAAAAGAACCAGGAAAAGCGUUCGCCGGAUGAGCCAGAUGAGGUAUUUCUGGAGCCAUUCGGCGCAGAGACAGCACUCGACAUAGAGGCCCAGUCAGAAAAGGAUGCGCCUCGAUUAUCGAGGAAAUCGACAUCUAAGUCUGCAAAGGACCCAAAUCUAGUAACUUGGGAUGGCCCGGAUGACCCAGAGAAUCCCAAGAAUUGGGGCAAGGGCAGAAAGUGGGCGGCCACCCUCGUCGUUUCCUCAUUCACCUUCAUCUCUCCAGUCUCCUCCUCGAUGGUUGCGCCAGCUAUUGGCGCCAUCUCGCGCGACUUCAACAUCACGAGCACUGCCGAGCAGGAGCUGGUUCUGUCCAUUUUCGUGUUGGCAUAUGCUAUCGGCCCCCUGUUCUUGGGGCCCAUGUCUGAGCUUUACGGCCGUGUCAGAGUCCUUCAACUCGCCAACGCCUUCUACUUCGUGUGGAACCUCGCCUGUGGCUUCGCUCAGAACAAGGGUGAAAUGAUGGCUUUCCGUUUCCUUGCUGGUCUAGGUGGUAGCGCUCCUCUCGCCAUUGGCGGUGGUCUGCUCAGUGACUGCUGGAAGGCAGAGGAGAGAGGCAAAGCCAUUUCUAUCUAUUCUCUGGCUCCGCUGCUUGGUCCAGCUGUAGGUCCCAUUGCUGGAGGUUUCAUCGCCGAGAACACGACUUGGAGAUGGGUCUUCUGGUCGACCUGUAUUGCAUGUUUCCUUAUCCAAUUUUCAGGCCUUUUCUUCUUGCAAGAGACCUAUGUUCCAGAGUUGUUGAAGCGCAAGAAGAACAAGCUCAUCAAAGAAACCGGCAACACUGACUUGCACACCGAAUACGAUGAUCCAAACCGCAAGCUUACGGUACACUUGAAGACAGCUUUCACUCGCCCUUUUAUUUUGAUCGGAACUCAGCCAAUUGUCCAAGCCCUGGCCAUCUACAUGGCUUACGUCUACGGCCUCAUGUACUUGGUCCUCUCGACCUUCCCAGGCCUCUGGACAGGCGUCUAUGGCGAAUCUACCGGCAUAGGCGGUCUCAACUACAUUUCCCUUGGCUUGGGCUUCUUCCUCGGUACCCAGAUUGGUGCACCUUUCAAUGACUGGUUCUACCGCCGCCUCAAAAGGAAGAACAACAACGUCGGAAAGCCUGAAUUCAGAGUUCCUCUCAUGUUCCCUGGCUCCGUCCUUAUUCCAAUUGGUCUUUUCAUCUACGGCUGGACCGCCGAAAACAAAACCUUCUGGAUCGGUCCCGACAUUGGCGCCGUUUGCUUCGCCGCUGGCACCAUUCUGGUCUUCCAGUCUUGCCAGACGUACGUUAUUGAUAGUUAUCAGAGGUACGCGGCAUCCGCAGUUGCAUCGACCACAGUCUUAAGAUCUCUGGCCGGUUUUGGCUUCCCACUCUUUGCACCAGCCAUGUACAAUGCACUUGGCUAUGGCUGGGGCAACUCGGUUCUGGGCUUCAUCGCUGUAGGCAUUGGUAUUCCGGCACCAUUCUUGCUGUGGAAGUUUGGUGAGAAGCUGAGAGCGAGAAGUAAAUUUGCCGCUGGUAGUUAA